AUUGGACUGAACCUGAAAAGUUUGAUCCUGAUAGAUUUUACAGAGUUGAAGAAAGUGAUAAAUAUUUACUUGAAAAGAAAAAAUUAAAAAAUACUUUCCCAAUAUUUGGAGGAGGAAUUAGAAUUUGUCCUGGAAGAAAAUUGGCAAUCAUAGAAAUAAAAUGUUUAUUAAUAUUAAUUUAUAGAAAAUAUGAUAUUGAAUUAGUUGAUAUGAAUUCUCCAUUAAAAUAUAGUUCUGAUUUUAUUAAUGCUUGUACAGAAUUAAUGGUUAGGAUUAAACCAAGAAAAUUUUAA